AUGGUAUCGACGACGUUAUACUCAAACCAGGAGAGGGGACUAGCAGCGAGUGCUCGACCUGUGACGCUGCAUGACAUGCCGGCGUCUGUGCGCUGGAUGAGACUAGCAUUUUGGCUCAUGCCCUACGCGUUGGGCUUUACGGAACCUGCUCAGACGCUUCGCGUGACAGCGAUCAACGGAUACCAGGAGAGCACCGAGUACCCUCUUACGCGCGUGGACAUUGAGCUGAACACGCCAAAGCUACAGGUCUACUCGGCCAAGCUUACAGUAAUUGCGCAGCUGACAGGUCUUCGGUAUUUAAUGUACCAUUGGGCACACUGGCACUGA